AGAGUCCCCCUGCACGCGGCACAUGGGGCGGCUGACCGAGGCGGCGGCCACGGGCGGCGGCGCUGCAGCGGCGCACGCGGCGAGCCUCCCUCCCACUCCCCUGGCCCUCUCGUCCACGUCCCCCGGGUGCGUGGCCACCAUGGCGUCCAGCGAGGAGGACGGCACCAACGGCGGCGCCUCGGAGGCCAGCGAGGAGAAGGAGGCCACCGGCAAGAGGAGGCGCCGUGGCUGGUUGGCCACCGUCUGGCUCACCUUCUACAACAUCGCCAUGACCGCGGGGUGGUUGGUUCUAGCAAUUGCCAUGGUACGCUUUUAUAUGGAAAAAGGAACACACAGAGGUUUAUAUAAAAGUAUCCAGAAAACACUUAAAUUUUUCCAGACUUUUGCCUUGCUUGAGAUAGUCCACUGUUUAAUUGGAAUCGUACCCACUUCUGUGCUUGUGACUGGGGUCCAAGUGAGUUCAAGAAUCUUCAUGGUGUGGCUCAUCACGCACAGUAUAAAAGCGAUCCAGAAUGAGGAGAGUGUGGUGCUUUUUCUGGUCUCGUGGACUGUGACAGAGAUCACUCGCUAUUCCUUCUACACAUUCAGUCUUCUCGACCACUUGCCAUACUUCAUUAAAUGGGCCAGAUAUAAUUUUUUUAUCAUCUUAUAUCCUAUCGGAGUUGCUGGUGAACUUCUUACAAUAUAUGCUGCCUUGCCAUAUGUGAAGAAAACAGGAAUGUAUUCAAUACGACUUCCCAACAAAUACAAUGUCUCUUUUGACUACUACUAUUUUCUUCUUAUAACCAUGGCUUCAUAUAUACCACUGUUUCCACAACUCUACUUUCAUAUGUUACGACAAAGAAGAAAGGUGCUUCAUGGAGAGGUGAUUGUAGAAAAGGAUGAUUAAGAUCCCUACAAACAAGGUGCUUUUUUCCAGACUAACCAGGAUUACUUGAGUCCAAGUUUUAAUCGCAAGAAUAAAGAACUUCAUAAAGUACCAUGGAUUGUAUUGUUUCUUACAACAUCACUUGAGACACGUGGUAUUUGCUGACAUUUGUCUUCAUAUUGUGCCAGAUUUUUUUUUUACAAGAAUUAUACAGAUAUCGCCUCCUAGGUUGGUGUUGAUGACUAAUUGAGAGGAUUACCUGGGGAAAAAGUUGUUAUUUUCACUAGAUGUUUGUGCAGCGCAGUUUUUUCAAAGCUUUUUAAAUCAAUAUUUAGAAAUUACCUUUGUGAUUUUACAUUAUGACACCUGCCAGUGAUAUUUAUGUAGUAUGUAGGAAUGAAAGUAAAUGAUAAUCGUUGAUUAAUGUAUUAGUGCAUUUUGAGCUCACAGUCUAAUUUUUUUUUCAAAUUGUGAGGCAAUAUUUAUAAUUAAUAACAAUCUUGAGAAUUUGGAUACAAUUUAUUAUGGACUUUUGAUGUGGCUAAAUAGUAUCGUAAGAGACCAUAUCUACUCACACUGAGAAAAUAUUUUUGGAAAAUAUUUCUAGGCCACUGAAAUUCUUUAAUACCUUUAAGCAUGUUUAUUUUUAUUUGAAUUAACCUCAGGCCAUUUUCAACUAUAAAGAUUUUAACGUGUUAGAAAAAAUACAAGUGUGUAUAUUUUGUCCACCUGGGACAAAGAAUAAUAGCAUGACGUGGAAUCAUUGUGUUGUACGUAGAACUCUGGAUGCAGAUCUCUGCCGUAUCCCAUGGUAUUGUGAAGAUCACAUUUCCCUUGUGGUACUUAGCAAACUGAGUGUUUUGGGAUAUGAUCAAAAAUAGACUCAUUUUGUUCUUAAUCCCAUUGAG